UUUUAUAAUCUGUGUCUGUGGUAAUGUCAUUUUGGUUUUGAUACGAAGAUGGUGUUUGCAUUUCAAUUUUCAAGAAAUUUAGUGAUUUAGUGAAUAAAUGACAUUAAAAAUGAAAGUAUUGGGAGUGUAAAUGUUAAACUUUAUCUUUUUCUAGUAUAUGUUAACAAUCACAUAUUGAUUAUUGCUAAUUAUCUAAGAAUGCAGGGUGAUGAUCCCCCAUUCCUACCAGUCGGUACUGAUGUAAGUGCCAAGUAUAAAGGUGCUUUCUGUGAGGCUAAGAUAAGAAAAGUGGUUCGCAACAUCAAAUGUAAGGUGACAUUAAAAGCUGGUGGAAUCACUACAGUUAAUGACGAUGUCAUCAAAGGCACUCUAAGAGUGGGCAGUACAGUGGAAGUUAAACAAGAUCCCAAAAAAGAAGCCAUGGAAGCUGUCAUUACUAAGAUACAAGAUUGUAGCCAAUACACUGUUGUAUUUGAUGAUGGUGAUAUAACAACGUUGCGACGUUCUGCACUGUGUCUAAAGAGUGGGCGACAUUUUAACGAAAGCGAGACUCUUGACCAGUUGCCUCUAACACAUCCGGAGCACUUCUCAACACCAGUGAUAGCUGGUCGACGGGGAAGGAGAGGCAGAGCACAGUCAGAUGAGAGUGAAGGCGAAGGCACCACUCGGCGCGUCAAAGAGAACAGCGCGGAGCGGGAGCCGCACGUGGGCCGCGUGGUGCUGGUGGAGGCAGCGAGCGGGGCCGAGCGGCGCCGCCCUCACCAGCCCGCCUUCCCCGCGCUCGUGGUCGCGCCCACCGCGCAGAUCAAGGUCAAGGAGGACUACUUGGUGAGGUCCUUCAAGGAUGGCAGAUAUUACACGGUGCCAAAGAAGGAGGCCCGCGAGUUCCGUAAGGGCUCAGCGCCGCUGGAGUGGUGCGGCGUGGAGGCGGCGCUGCAGUACCUCAACCAGGGCGUGCUGCCGCCGCACUGGGACCGCGACGCGCUCUUCAACGAGCCCCGGAACACUUCCGACGAUAGUUCAGACGACGAGCCGCGUGAAGAGAAAGACCACUUCGUCGCCCAACUCUACAAGUUUAUGGACGACCGUGGGACACCGCUCAACAGAAACCCAACCAUCGCCAAUAGAGACAUUGACCUCUAUAGACUCUUUAGAGUGGUGCAAAAGUUGGGUGGUUACAACAGGGUGACCAAUCAGAACCAGUGGAAAACUAUUGCCGAUAAGAUGGGCUUUCACCCCGUCACUACGAGCAUCACUAACCUGUGCAAGCAGGCUUAUAAGAAAUUCCUCCACAGCUUUGAGGACUUCUACCGCAAGUUAGGUGUGACACUGGUGGCACAUCCGCGCGGGGCGCGCACCCCGCCGGCCGGCCGCUCUCUCAUCCGCGACCGCGACAAGCAGCCGCCCGCCACCUCGUCCACAUCCACAUCAGCAUCCGCCUCGUCCACGCCUACCAACACUCCCAGUCAGCGCGGCAAAGACAAAGAUUCGGAUAAGAGUGAGACAGAGAAAAGUGACAAGAGUGAGAAAGAAGACAAAAUAGAGAAACCGGAGAAGAAGGAUAAGCCUCGGCCCAGUGACGAAGACGACAGCGCCGAUAACCAGCCGCUCCUUGCCACCUCCGUGCCCAAAGUUGAAAAGGAAAGAGAAAAAGAGAAAGAAAAGGAAAAGGAUAAAGAAAAAGAAAAGGAGAAAGAGAAGGAAAAGGAGAAGGAGAAAGAGAAAGAAAAGGAAGCUGAGAAAGAAGUCGAGAAGAUUAAAGAAAAAGAGAAGGAAAGGGAAAAGGAGAAAUCCUCGAGUCCGAGCAUAGAGAAGACAGUGAUCAAACCGCGUUCUCAGUCAAAGACGCGUAGCCUGCCGCCAGUUAAAAGCGAUUCUCACGAGAAACGCACGCCUAAGAGAAAAUCAUUGUCUUCCAAACUGAGCGAAGCCGCGCUGUUCUCAGCGCGCGCGUCCCGCCGCCCGCACGCCUCAACUGACAGCGACAGCUCGGGCAGAGCUUCCAGAUGCGGUCCAAUGAAAAAGAUGCAGAGUCGCAGAAGCCAAAGCGCUAACUCGGCCAGCAGCGGCAACACGGUCGCCUCCAACAGCAGCAAGAGGCCGCGCAAGAGGAAAACCACAGAGCCAUCGACAAGUGAACCGACCCGGACUGCAAUUUCGAGUGUGAAAGCUCAAGUGGGCGACAAGCUAAAGGUUUACUACGGGCCCACUCAGUCUGAGUCCAAGGUGACAUACGAGGCGAAGGUGAUCGAGAUCUCGUCGGAGGGGAUGCUGCGCGUGCACUACACGGGCUGGAACACGCGCUACGACGAGUGGAUCAAGCCGCAGCGCAUCGCGCUCAACGUCACCCAGCACGAGACGCGCAACAAGAAGGGAACAAUUCUAAGCAGACGCGUAAGAAGCAAGAGAAUCGAAGAAUCAUCGGCACGUUCUGAUACUGACAGUGAUUCGGACAGCGAUAGAAGCGUUAAAAGACCUCCAAAAAUACCCGAUGACAAGUCCAGUGUAAAGACGCCCUCUAGGUCAAAGGAACCAAAAUCGGGCGACAGAAGCGAUAGCAGCUCAAACAAACCGCGGAAGAGGCCAAUGAGAACAGUGUCUACUCCACUAAUAACGUCACCAACCAAAAAGCCGCGUCUAACGCUACCAGGGCAUCAACAUCAAGGGCGAGAUUACGAUUUGAACGAGAUAAGAUCAGAGCUGAAAGGUCUCCACUCGGUAAAACAAGAAACUGACGAAAUGAAUAAAACGGAGAUCACACCGAAAGAUACAAUCAUGACCACACCGAUAACACAGCCUCCACCCGAGCCGCGGCAGCCUGAAAAACAACCGGAAGAUGUUUACGAAUUCAAAGAACCAGAGCCAUUCGAGUUAGAACUCCAUGAUGAGAAGAAAAAACGAACUCAUCGUAUAUUCGAUGACAUCUCGCCUAGUAAAUACACCUCAACAUUGUCAAAGUCAUUGAGCGAAGAGAUAUCCGAAGAUUCUUUGAGACCGAGGCCAUCGUCUUUCCGAUCACCGUCUUUAUCACCGUUUAGAGACUUUGGAGCUUCUAGGGAUGUUCCUGGAAGACAGAGCCCCGAAGAUGACUUCAAAGAUGCCUUGUUUUCACUUGACGAUGACUCGUUUCCCGGAGAUAGCAGUUCUGGGCCAAUAUUUGAAGGAUUUACGCCAGCGAAAAAUCAAGAAACUUAUUCUAAAAAGAACAAAGUGUCCAAACUUAUGGAAUUAAUCGACGAUUCGCCUGACAGUCCCGCUGAUGAUGAGCAGUCUUCGGAUGAUGAUCCGCCACAGCCUGUAAAAGUUAUUGACAGAGAACCCAGUCCGAUCAUACCGAUAUUGAAAGAAAGACCAAAUUCUCCGGAACCUGUUAAAGAAGAACUUAAAAUCCCCGAGCAACCUAAGGAAGCUAUUAAUCAAGCUAUAAAAGCACUUGAAGAGAUACCUCCCGUAGAAGCCAUACCAGAACCUCCGGCUACGCCUCCACCGAAACCAAAACCAUACCAAACCAAACCAGACCAAACGAAACCGAUCCAAACCAAACCUGAGUCUCUUAAAUUAAAUCCUUCUACAAUUACUACAAUUGCAUCUAAAGAACUUGAAGAAAAAAAAGAAGAAAAGGUAAUUAAAGAAGAAAAUAAAAUAGAAGAAAAGCUGAUAAUCAUACCACUUCCAACUGCAGAAAUUAAAGAAAUACCUAAAAUUAAAAUUGACAAAGUGGAUCCGAAACCUACAGUUUCUAAAUUGGAACCGCCUUCAAGUCCUCUAGUCGACACAGAAGAAGAUAAAUCCGAACCAGACAGUCCCGCCAGAAUAGACGUGCUACCUGAACCGCCUCCAGGAUUUCUGUUACAAUCGGAGGGGCCUAAAAUUGCUGAGAAACUACUGAAGGCCAUAAACAGUGCCAAAAGACUGUCUAUGUCACCCCCGCCGGUAGAAAACAGGCCAGACACGCCGAAGAAAGAUCUCAAAGUACCCGAAGUUACUGAUAAACCCGCUAUAUCGCCUGUGCCUGUGGAAAUUAAGCGGCCUCCAAGCAAAACUGAGCUGAAACCGAUCAGUAAAUUUGACCAGGCACGUAGAUUGAGCCCUGCUGAAGUUACUGAUUUGAUAUUUGGCGAACCUUCUAAUCUAACGGAUGUCAAAAGGGAAACGCCUGAAAUUAAAAGAGUGAAGCCCAAAGAGCCGACACCGCCAAGACUGCUCAGCCCUCUCAAUAUAUUGGAACGACGGAAGAGCGUCGCUGCUGAUCUAACUCUGACAGCGCCGGGGAAGAACAAAGUUUUAAGUGAAACAAUACAGAAGCUGUCGAGUCAGAUAAACCAGUCUGUCACAGCAGCCAUUACGUUGCCUUCCUUCCCAGCCGAAGAUCGUAGCGAAUCGAGUGAUUCCGACGAUUCGGAUAGGAGGUUGAUCAUAGACAAGUUGUCUACGGAGGAGUGGGGUGGAGCCGCAAGCGGGCCGCUCGUGGGCGCGCGCCCGCCGCCGCCGCCCAUGGGCGCGCGUCCGCCGCCGCCACUCGCGGGCGCGCGCCCACCGCCGCCGCCCAGCGCGCGCUCGCUGCACGCGGGCAAGUCGCCCGGCGAGUGGAGCGCCGGCGAGUCGUUGCUCAUGCUGGAAGACGCAUGCAAGAAUGAACGGAAACACAGCGCAAGCGUGGUGGUGGCGGGCGGCGCGCGCGCGGCGCCGGCGGAGGAGGACCCGUGCGCGGCGCUGCUGCUGUGCGAGGAGACCAUCCCCGGCUCGCCCGCGCCCGACGAGCCCGCGCCGCCCGCGCGCCCGCACCUGCCCUUCGCGUGCGCGCCGCAGCACCGCCCGCACCCGCACCCGCACACAGCCGAAGAGCGUCGCGGUUCGGGCGGUCAGCGGGAGGAGGCGGCGGCGGACGAGGCGGAGGAGGGCGGCGGCGAGGCGGCCGGCGCGGGGGAGGCGCCGCGGCUGGCGCGCGAGGACGAGUGGUCGCGGCGCCGCGCGCUGCUCGACAACACGCCGCCCACCACGCCCGACAGCAGCCUGGACCUGUCGCCGCACAGGUACACCACGCGCCAACCUUCUAGCACCGUAUGUUACGAGGAGGCGGCGGCGGACGAGGCGGAGGAGGGCGGCGGCGAGGCGGCGGGCGCGGGGGAGGCGCCGCGGCUGGCGCGCGAGGACGAGUGGUCGCGGCGCCGCGCGCUGCUCGACAACACGCCGCCCACCACGCCCGACAGCAGCCUGGACCUGUCGCCGCACAGGUACACCACGCGCCAACCUUCUAGCACCGUAUGUUACGAGGAGGCGGCGGCGGACGAGGCGGAGGAGGGCGGCGGCGAGGCGGCGGGCGCGGGGGAGGCGCCGCGGCUGGCGCGCGAGGACGAGUGGUCGCGGCGCCGCGCGCUGCUCGACAACACGCCGCCCACCACGCCCGACAGCAGCCUGGACCUGUCGCCGCACAGGGAACGGAGGAUAUCUGAACGGGACAACAGCCCGUCAGAUCGGAAAGAAGAUGAUGAUGAUAUUGCUGGGCAGGACCCCUGCGCGCACGACGUCGACAAGCAUCACGUUGCAGGCAGCGCGCGCUCGCGCAAGGUGUCCGAGUCGAGCGGCGCGGGGCGCGUGCGCGGCCGACGCUCGCGCCGCGACACGGACGACGCGCACGCGCCGCACUCCGUCGGCGUCUCGCUCAAGUACAACUUCUAUGUGGAUCUCGACCCGUCGUGGGACUGCCAGACGCGCAUCAACGUGCUGAGCUCGCGGCUGGCCGACCUGCGCAAGGCGUACCACUCGGUGAAGGCGGAGCUGGCCGCCAUCGACCGCCGCCGCAAGAAGCUGCGCCGCAAGGAGCGCGAGGCGAUCAAAGCUGCAAAAGCUGCGUGUUCAUGAUGAAGAAUAAAUUAAGUCCGCCGGGCGCCAUGUUGAUUGUAGACGCUGAGCGGACGAGGAUGUUUAUUUGUUAUAGAAUAAAUGUGAUGACUCGGUGUGAAAUGUGCAGGACAUAAUUACAGCGUUUCUAUUCUAUAUUAAGGCGCAGUCAAGUUUCGAGGCGGUCGGACUAUCUGCUAUCUGAAGUUAUAACUUGACCAGAAGAAUAAGAAAAACUGUAGGCCUAAAAUGUCAGAAAAAGACAGUCGACCAAUAGCGGGCGUAACGAAAAUAUCUUUCUUCAUUUCUACCGCAACUGUGACAGCGGUAUUUUCGGUUCGACGCUAUUGGUCGGCAAUUUUAUCUUCACGAUAUUUGUCGUGGCCCGCAUUUAAGUCCUACUGGAUUUAGAGCGCAACCUUAGACCAAUGGGCUACUCGCCUGAAAGAAAUUACUUUCUUUUUCCUGCGAUAUUGCGAAGUUAUUUUUCUGGUCAUACUAAACUAUAUAAUCAUUAUAGAGAUCGUAGAAUUCAGAAAGCGGUACUCUUCCUUUCUGGAAUCAUUGACUGAAAGACUGAUACUUAUAGUGCUGUUUAAAAGGUAUAAUAUUUCUACAAGAAUUAUUCUAUAAGAUUUGUAGUAAUAGAAUAAUGAAUGACAUAGUAGCUGUGUCAGUGCUUACGUUACAACAGCAGUUUAUAGUAUUUAAAAGUAAUAUAAAUAAAUUAUACUACAGCCGUUCUUAAUGAGUACUGUUUACCAACAAAGAAAUUCAAAAUGAGGGUAUAACUCAGUAGUCAUUUCACACCUAAUAAUAAUUGUAAUCAACUUGUUCUUAAAACUAAUGAAAAUAAAUUUGAUUAAUCAGCUUAGUACAAUUAGAUAUGGUUUAUAAUUUUUAUAUAACAUUUUAUAAACAAACCAUACAUAAUUUAAAAUAAAUAAGUUAUAAAAUAACAUGAGUUUUCUACCUUCAUUUCUAAUUUAUUUGUUGGUAAACAGUAUUCCUCAAGAAAGGCUGUAGUAUAGUUAUAUAAUAGCCUCAAUGGCUCAGUGAUAAAGGGGCCGGACUCGUCAACGAGAGGUUGUGGUUCGAUCCCCGACCGCUGGCUUACUGUCAUAACCACUCCUAACAGUCAGUAGUUCUGACUAGUGGAGGGGAAAAUAUUGGUCAUAUAAAUAAAAGAUAUGGCAAAUAUUUAAAAAAAAAACUUACAUUUACAGUGGCGUACACUUCAUAGAUGUAUAAACGCAAUGCAUACCCCCAGAGGAUUCAUUACAUACCUAUAUUGGAGGUGGAGUUUUUCAUUUUGUACAAUUUGUAUAAAAAGCCUAUACUAGUUAAAAUCCUUGUGCGCGCCACUGCACAUUUAUAUGUAUCACAUAUAUAACACUGUUUUGUAGAUUUUAUCUUUACAAUUUAAUGAAUAUAUGUAAAAUAUUUUUGUUAUCUUGAUGUUGAUAGUUCAGUAAGAAUAUUGUACAUGUCCGCGAGUGUGUUAUUUGGUCGGUUAGCAAAAUCUACGUUAAUUAUUGUGAUAAUAUUAGAAAUAGGUUUUCGUGUAAUUGGGUUUUAAUUAUUUACUUGACGUGUCAAGGAUGGCACUGGCAGAUAUACAAGUAACACUAUCGAUCGUUAGCGGAACGACCGCUUAACUUACUAAUACAGUUCUACCCUCUAACUGCAUAUUUAUCAAGUAUAGCGCUGAUACUAUCAGAUGUAAACCAGAAUAAACUAGCGUAUGGCAGAAAGGCAGCCACGAGUGAAGUCGCGGGCUGGCAACCACUAGUAGCAGGGUUAAAGGGCCCUUUUACAGUACUAAUACUCCCCUUCCCCACUCGUGUUGCCUCACAGCCAAGUAACUUAUAAUUCAAUGCCGGACUAUACACAUAAUUUACACACUGAACUUCCGAAUCACUAUCACUAUUUUACUAUUGCACCAUCACUAUUUAACAAAUGGAAGACGACUAUCCAUUUCGAGAACGCGAUUACAACUGAACUGCUCAACUAGCAGACUACAGUGGGGGCAGGGUAUCCCACUUGUCAAGCGUAUCGGCUACGCGCACUUUUGGACCCAAUGCUAUUGGACGGAGUCCCAACCCCAAAAACCCAAUUACACGAAAACCUGAUUCUAAUAUUAUCACAACAAUUAACGUUGAUUUUGCUAACCGAUCAAAUAACUCACUCGCCGACAUACAUACUUUCGAAUCAUUGUUUCUACUAGUAUUUUAUAUGUAACAUUGUAUGUCUGUACUCAGCUGUAGCAUAUUUUGACAGGGAUAAUUCCUAUUUGACUUGUCAGAAAAAGUAAAAUAAUAAUAAUUAUAAGAUAGCUAAUUAAUUAAUGUAACUAAAAAUAUAAUAAUUAUGUGGUGUUAAAUAAAAUCCGUUUUAAUCA